UCAAAUUCAGAUGUGGCCAUUGACUGGACCUCUGAACGAAGUCGGCCACACCAGCCUCACAAUGUGUGUGGCCGUGUCCCGCAGUUCUGGCCCGGCCGUUCGUUUCCACAGGCGUGCACAGCCUUGCGGCUUGGGAAGGGAAGCACAGAGAAGAGCAGAGAUGGAAUAAUUAGAGUUCCUGCCCUCAAGGUGCUUAGAGUCAGGUGUGGAUUUAGGGCAGGAUGAAGAAUUGGAACUCAUCUGACUUUAAUACAAGAAAUGGCAUUGUGAGUAUGGAGACAGGCAGGGAGCAGGAGCUUAGCUCAAGAGAAGAGCCCAGUGAUGGUCAGGUAGGCUUCCUGGAAGAGGCGCUCCCAAGUCAGGCAGAUGUGAGGUGCUGAAGCCAGGAGAGCUAGCUUGCUCCCCCUCUGGCUGAAUGGCAGCAUUACAGGUACAGGAGCAGGAGCUUGGGGCCAGCUCCAGGGGCCCCAGGGACAGUCUAAGGAGCAUGCACUCGAUCCCACACUGGGGAGGCACUGGGGAACCAUGGGAGGUGUCUGACGAGGGGAGAGGUGUGAUUAGUUUGUGUUAGAGAAACAGGACAGGAAAGAGGGACUGGGGAAGGGCCUUUGAGGAGAUGGGCUGGGCAAGAGGAGAUUCUGGAAGGAGGGGUCUCCUAGCUCCCUGACCUCCACGUGCCACCCCUUCGCCUUCAGGAAACAUCGUGGGAAUGGGGCAGUGCCUCCUCCAUGGCAUGACAGUGGUGAUCCGGAAGAAAUUCUCAGCCUCCCGGUUCUGGGACGACUGUAUCAAGUACAACUGCACGAUUGUGCAGUACAUCGGUGAGCUGUGCCGUUACCUCCUGAACCAGCCGCCCCGGGAGGCAGAACACCAGCACCGGGUGCGCAUGGCACUCGGCAACGGCCUCCGCCAGUCCAUCUGGACCGACUUUUCUAGCCGUUUCCACAUCCCCCAGGUGGCCGAGUUCUACGGGGCCACUGAAUGUAACUGCAGUUUGGGCAAUUUCGAUAGCCAGGUGGGGGCCUGUGGCUUCAACAGCCGCAUCCUGUCCUUUGUGUACCCCAUCCGGCUGGUACGAGUCAACGAGGACACCAUGGAACUGAUCCGGGGGCCCAAUGGCGUCUGCCUUCCCUGCCAGCCAGGUGAGCCGGGCCAGCUAGUGGGCCGCAUCAUCCAGCAGGACCCCCUGCGACGCUUCGAUGGCUACCUGAACCAGGGUGCCAGCAAUAAGAAGAUCGCCAAGGACGUCUUCCAAAAGGGGGAUCAGGCCUACCUCACCGGCGACGUGCUGGUGAUGGACGAGCUGGGCUACCUGUACUUCCGAGACCGCACGGGAGACACGUUCCGCUGGAAAGGGGAGAACGUGUCCACCACCGAGGUGGAGGGCACACUCAGCCGCCUGCUGGACAUGGCCGACGUGGCAGUGUAUGGUGUCGAGGUGCCAGGAACCGAGGGCCGGGCUGGAAUGGCUGCUGUGGCCAGCCCUGCUGGCAACUGUGACCUGGAGCACUUCGCACAGCUCCUGGAGAAGGAGCUGCCCCUGUACGCCCGGCCCAUCUUCCUGCGCUUCCUGCCUGAGCUGCACAAAACGGGGACCUUCAAGUUGCAGAAGACAGAGCUUCGGAAGGAAGGCUUUGACCCGGCAGUUGUGAAAGACCCGCUGUUCUACCUGGAUGCCCGGAAGGGCCGCUACGUCCCGCUGGACCAAGAGGCCUAUACCCGCAUCCAGGCAGGCGAGGAGAAGCUGUGAUUUGCCCCGAGUCCCUCUAAGGGCCAGCGGGUGCUGGAUCCAGAGCCCCAGCUCCCACCCCAGAGGGGUCAUGGGCAGUGCCAGACCAAAGCAGGCAGGGCCCAGCACCUCCGCCCCGAGGUGCUGUGGCCCCCCUCCACCUCAAAACUGCCAAGUGACUCACUGCCGCCUCCCCCUGCCCCCCAGGAGGCUUUCUGUGAAAGCCUCAAGUCCAUAUUCCAUCUUCAAGGCCAGGUGGGGCCUCUGGGCCCCGAGACAGACCAGGCCCCUUAGGAUGAUGUCUUGGGUCAGGGCAGGGGUAGGUGGAGGGUCGCGCAGCACUCCCCAGAGCACAGGGAGCUUGUAAAUGGGACCAGGGCAGAAGCCCCCAGACUCAGGAAGCCAGCAGAGUGGGCAGGGGCUGCAGUGGCUAUUGAUCAGGUGGCCAAAGAGGAGGAUCCUGGCCCCAGAGCUGUUCCAGUGUCACUCAGCACUGCCCGCACCUCCAGGAGGAUCGGAGGAGGACCCCGACCUGCAGCAGGCACCCUGACUGAGUGCCCUCCCCCCCGCCAUCCUCCUCUCCUGGGUGGCAGCCUGGCUGCCCCUCAGGCGGGACCUUUGUCCUUGUAGGUCUGUCCACAUCACUUUCUCCAUCGCAGUCCUGGGCUGGCUAUGAGAGGAGGAGGGGUGGGGGGGGUCGUUCAGGGGCCAAUAAACUGCCUUCACUCCCCCUAGCCUGUGUGCAUGCCACCUGAGCUCACAGCACCUGCUCAGGCCCCACCUCCUGCCCCUCCAGCCUAUUCACUCACCCAGACUUAGGGAUACAGCAGGUAAGACGCCCUCCUUGAGUUGGCAAGGUAUUUAAUAGCAUGAGCUUGAAAGUCCAAA